UAAAAAUGGCGGAUUUAGACGUAAACAUACUUUCACGGUUUACAAAACUCCCAGACAGGAAUCAAGCGACUAUUUUGUUUGUUGGAGUUAAAGGGGUUGGAAAGCACCGACUGGCAAGAUCUUUGCUUGGUAUUCAUGCUGAUUUCUCGGUUCAGAUUCGAGUUGCAACAAGUCUACCUUUGCCAGAGGAUUCUGAAAACACAAGACCUAGAAUCGAUUUCAUUGUGCUGUUUAUUGACCUAACUAAUGCCUUGAGCAUGGAAACAAUAAGAUCAUCGGUGAAGCAUCUUGAUAUCGAUUACUUCUUGGGACACUGUUGCUUUGUUGUGACACAAGCUAAAAAUGAAGCCAUGCAUGCUGUCAGUAUCCAGGAGGUGACAAGUCUUGCAGACAGUUAUGACUCACCUCUAAUAUGUGCAGACAUAGAGAAAGAGGAAGACAGAAAAUUCUUGUCAAGACAACUUCUUCAUCUCCUUCAAGUAUCAUGUGGAUUUUCUGCAGAUGUAACAACAUUGUUACUGGACACAACAAGGAAAUCAUUUGUGUUUGAGGAUGAACUAAAUGACACAAUGGAGUAAUUUAGCUGGAAAAAAAAACCUAACAUGUUGUUCACCAACUUCCAGCUGCCCGCUGCAAAAUUCCUGUAAGAGUAUAUCAGAAUGCAAAUGCAAGCUACAUGUACUAUAAUUAUAUUCUGCUUUACUGUGAAAUUCACACAAUUUAAACACAAGAAAUGUUUGUGGAUUGUCAUAGCCUUCCGAGGACAAUAAAACUGAAAAAACUGUGACAACAAAACCGAUCUACAGAAAACUAUGAUAGCUACUUUUGAAGGUUUCAGUGAAAGCUGGUUACUGACCAGUAGGCUAGUCAUCCCAUCCCCUCCCCCCCUUGUAAGGCCUCUAACCACUCAUUGUGAGUGGGCUCUUUUGUUUGGGUUUCACCUUACUUUCAUUAAAUUAAUUACU